AUGACGGAGUCUGACCAACGUGGCGGUUCCGGCCAAGCCAAGCUACCCUCGCUGGGCUCAUCCCUCUCUCGCCCAUUCGACUCGUCCAGCUUGCGACGCCAGCCGCUCUCGCCGCCUCUUCUCCCCUCUUCCUCAUCCGGGCCUCUGCCGCCACCACCACCCACUCGGCUCCACUCGUAUCAUCACCCUAUCGCAGCAUCUUACACCUCGAGCAGCAGCUACAACGAGCGCAACCGCCAGGCAGCACCAUCACUCUGGAAGGAGCCUCGUCCACCUCCCCUCGAGCAUCGAGUCUCGGAAGGCGCCGGCGCUUCUUCCUCCUUUUCCCGGCUUCUCCCGCCUCUCACAAGCUCCAACUCGAACAGCAACGCCUUCCAACUGCCUUCCUUGUCGGCAAGCCUGCCGUCCUCGACAUCUUGGCAUGGUCGCGAACUGGCCUACCAGCCCGGCCAGCAUACCCAAGCAGCUCAUAUCGCUUCCUCGCAUGCAUCGAGAGACGCAUACUCUAACGAGCAGAGAUCCGUCGGCCAGGAUCCAAAGCUGCUGUCGCUGUCUGGCCAGCUCCGCGACUUGAACAGGCCCCUUCUCGUAGACUCGUCGCCCUCUGGUCUCACCUCUCCCGGCGCCGAUGAACGCAGCCAGGCCAGUCGCAAGCAAGCAAAGGCGCAUGUGCCUUCUGCCUGUCUCAACUGCAAACGUGCACAUCUGGCCUGCGACGUGGGCAGACCGUGCCGACGCUGCAUCAACCUGGGCAAGAGCGACACCUGCAUCGAUGUGCAACACAAAAAGCGCGGUCGACCUCGCUUGAAGGACCGACCUUCCUCGCAGGCAGGUGUGCCCACCUUGCAGACGCUCGAAGGCAAAAGCGACAACUCUGGCUCGCCCGCCUCCGGUCCCUAUACGCGCCAGUCUCCUGGCUCUGAGCAGGGCUACUUCCGAUCGCCCACGCGCACCAACGACAUGGUCUCCCCGCCGCUGCUUUCCUCGAGCGCCGUCAUGCAGGUCUCUGGUAGGACACACGGACCGGGAGCGCAUCCUCGCAGCGCUUCCAAUUCGGUCUCGGCUUCGAGCUAUCCCUACUCGCGACCCGACCAUCUGCGUCAUCCGAUGGAGGUCUCGAGCAGCCAUGGAGCCGGUCACCCGAUCGCACCUUGGUCGUAUCAAUCACAGCAUCCAACCCACGUGCCCGACCGUACGCAUCCGAUGACCGGACGACAUCAUUCGCAUUCGCUGUCGUACGAGCAGCCGCAGCAUCCACAUCACCAUCAGCCGCAGCAGCCGCAGCAGCACGGUCUGUACGCUCACCCUGCAUCGCAUCCUUCAUCUAACGUGCAAACGGCCGAUGCAGCGGCGGAGACCUCUGAUGGCAUCGUGUCUGCCGUGGUCACGAUGAUCUGCUCCACCAAUCUGCAGUGCGCUCGCAGCUCGGAAGAGUGCAUCGCGCUGCUCGGGUACAAGCCGAGCGAACUCAACGAGCGAUCCUUGUUCGAGCUGGUCCAUCCCUCCGAGACGAGUCGAUUGCAAGAGAUUUGGACAUCGCUCAUCGACCCGGUGGGCGUGAUUCCUCAAUCGGUACCGGCUGCUGCGGACGUGGUGAUGAGCACGCCGGCCGCUCGUCUGAUGGCACCCGCUGCCGGUACGAUCUUUGUGCAGGAGAACAUGCGUCUGAGGCAGCGCAACGGCAUGUACGACUUCUACAGCGUCCGACUUCAUCUGGGCGGUGGCUUUGGCGUGGAUCUGUAUCGCAGAGAGACGCUCGACCGAGCUUAUAUUGUGGCCAGCCUGCUCAAGCUGGGUAACGACGCUGUGCAUCCGGAUCCGUCGAUUUUGCGUGCUCCGUACUCGCACGACUCUUCUCCAUCGCAAGGCUUCCGCACCCCGGCGGGACCACAAGCACACGGACGCGCCAUGCAAUCUGCUGGACAGCAUCAGCGUCAUCCUUCUGACUCGCUUCAUCAGCGUCCCUCGCACCUCGAAAGCAACACUCGCAGAGACGACGAGCCACCGCAGUCUACGUCAGUCCCCAAUGGGCUGUCACGUCAAGACUCUUCACGAGGCGUCAAGCGCAGCAGCGCCGAGAUGGACCUAGACGAGCCAGCGGCGUCAUCGCAUCCGGCAUCGUCUCGAACUGCGUCGCAUACCAACGGAGCAGCUGCAAAUGCAUCGACAUCCUACCCCGCCUCCAAGACCGCUGCCUGCUCGCCGCCUCCUGUCGUUCGCUCGCUGCUCACGGACCGAACGCGUGGCAACACCGGCCGUGACGGCAUUCUCUGCUGA